UUUUAAUGGUGCCUUUCUCCCUCAACGCUCAAGCUUCUCUUCUUUCAAAUUAACAGAUUUUUAAGAAUGUUCUUGCAAUCCUCCACAACCAAUCCAAAGCCUGAAGCAAAGUUUUCUGCACUCUGAAUAGCUUCUACACAGACCAAACUGUCUGUCUAAUGGCUGCCCGUGUGUAGUUGUAUGUUUUGACUUUGUUAUUAAAUCACUUUUUUUCCUUCUUUAAUCUGUUGGCAACAACCUAAGAUUGCAGAUAGAAUCACACUGACAAACAGUGUUGUUUCCACUGAUGGGCGCCUCAGAAUCUAUUCUUUCAAACUCACAGAGUCCAAUCGAUGAAAUCACAACUGUAUCUGAGAAAUCAGAAAUCGCCGAUCCCAUCUUACAGCGGCUCAAAUCACUCAAAAUCUCAACACCGAUUUUGACGACUCCUCCUACCGAGACUAGCUUGACUGACAUUCUAGUGAGGAAGCCAUCAGCUCCAAGUACUGUUGAUCCAAAAGUGCUACUAGAACUCUUCUCAAUGUACCGGGAUUACCAUGAGCAGAAGGCUCAAGAAAUUAGCAAAAAUCAGGAAGAGAUAGAGAACAAGAUUGAAGUUGCAGAUGCAUUGGCUAUUAAACUCUUGCAACGUCUUAAUUACUCGGUCUCAGCAAUGAAAACUACUACACAAAAUUUAUCAGAAGUUAAUUCACUGCAGGUUGAGAUUGGGGAGCUUAAAGGAAGGUUAACAGAAGUUAUUAGUAAUUGUGACUCCUUAUGCAAAAGAAUUGCAGCAGAAGGACCCGAAUCUCUUAGAUUAUCGGUAAAGCCGUUCGCAGUCCCAGUUGCAGCGAAAGAAGAUAGCUCUGGCCCGUCCUCGUUGUCUCGAAGAAAUCCAGCUACAGAACAAAGUUAGGCCAAUAUUUUUUGCAUUUACUUAUUUUGUUUUUCAAUCCUAUGUUGCAUUCCAUUCUUAUAUAAUAUAUAUGUAUUCUUUGAUGAAUUAGCAAUAUCUUGGAAUGAAAGAAAGAAUAAUUAUAGAGAA